AGACAGGCAAUCACUUUCUUCGAGCCAAAGUACCACGGCAACCUGGGACCUUCUCGUAUAAUCCUAUGCAAACAUUAUCUGCUGACGAAAUCAAUCCCCAAACGCAUUCUACAUUUCCUCAUCCGAGAUCUGUUACGGCAUCGCUAUUCUCGCGCAAUCAAAAGGAGCGACCCGACGGAUUUGCGACAGAAACGUAAACAGGACUAUAAACACCUACGCUUCUGGGACCCCAGUCUCGUUUCGGUGAAACAGCAACCAGAUCGCGAAAACAUUUCCCGCUGUUUCGCGACGCUACCUCGCGACAUCCUUCAAAAUGACGUUAAUGGAAGAGUUCAAGUCCAGGAACUUCAGUAUCUACGGACAAUGGACGGGUGUAGUCUGCAUUCUGUUGUGCUUUGCGCUGGGCAUCGCGAACAUCUUCAGCUUCAGCUUGGUGAUCAUCUUCAGCGUGAUCUGCUUAGUCUGCGCUUUCAUCAUUCUGUUCAUCGAGAUCCCACUACUCCUCCGCAUCUGCCCUACCUCACCAGCCUUUGACAACUUCAUCCGCAAGUUCGCGACGAAUUACACACGCGCCGCCAUUUAUCUUGUCAUGUCUAUUAUCCAAUGGCUGUCACUGACUCUCGGAAAGACAUCGCUCGUCGCCGCUGCCGUCCUCCUCCUCAUCGCCGCCAUCUUCUACGCUCUCGCGGGCAUCAAGGGUCAGCAAUUCCAGAGCAGCAAAACAUUGGGUGGACAAGGAGUGGCUCAGAUGAUCGUAUAGAAAGAGGACUCGUCCCAUCACGAUUUAUUGUAUCUUCAAAGGACAGUAUAUGGAGAAGGCAGCUUGGGGGGCCGUUCUGGCUCACUUGCUACCAUAAGCGGA